GAAGACUUUGACUCUUUGGUCUCACCUUGGUACCCAGAAUCUCCUGAAUUAGAGCUGAAGGCUGAGGAACUCAAAACACUGUUUCGAGUCAGCGAAGACGAACGGGCAAACUUCCUUCAUGCAAGAAUUAUGAUUGUUCUUAUCUCGCAACCCCCUGAAUCUGGAACGGAGGCUUCCUUUCACUACACAUGGGAUAGCAACAUUUCACAGAUUAUCAAGACAAUUAUCAGCAACGGAAGCCCUAUUCGCGACAACAACCGAGACACGAACACAGCACUCAAAAGACCUGAUUAUGGGUUUCUGGUCAAGAAGUAUUGUCUAUUCCGGGGCGAGGAAAAAGCUCCAGAUUCAAGUGAUGACCCAAAAAAGGAACUUAGAGUAAAGCUGGUCGAUUUCUCAUAUCAGCCCCUAAAAUAUAUCUUAGGAUAUUAUGCAUUUGGCCCCAAUGUCAACUAUGUUGCAAUCACCAAUAUGGGUGGACGCAUAACUACGGAGCCACUCUUCGCUCAUGGUCUGAGAUUCAAGGCCGAGCGGCUUGCUAAUAUCAUUCACCUCAUUCGUUUGUGUAGUGCCCUCUCUUGGAUGAGUGAACAGCUUGAACCUCGCAUCAACCCUGAAUUCACGGCAAUCGAACGGUAU